AUGAUCAUCAUCCGGGCUGGUAUUUCCGAAAUCUACACAAUCCCACCGCCCAUUUUCCAACUGGGCUUAUGUCACAGGGCAUUUAUCAAAUUUCUUCUCUUUUUUUUCAUCCUCUUCUUCUUCUUUUCUUCGUUGUCUCAAAGCAGUUCUAAAUGCACACACAUACACACACACUCGACCACAUACAUACACUUGUUAACUGGAGGCAGCCUCUGUACCAAAGAGCUGACUUUUAUACCUCGCGAAAACAUCCGAGCAUUGGGACUACUUGAAUAAGCGGGAAAUGAUGCCCAUCGCCCGGAAAGGACUGAUGUCCUGGGCAGUCCGAUGGUUCGUGGCUUCUGCGUUGAUUGUGAUCAGCUCGGCUGAACCACCGGCAGCACCCAGGGAUGAUCAAUUGCAGCCCGUCACACCAGGAGGCCCGAACGUGUGCAGAUCCAAAAGCAGGACGUACUGCUGCCCAGGUUGGGCAAGGCACCACAGCCUAGGCCUCUGCGUCAUACCGGUAUGCACGAGACCCUGCUCUCCUGGAAGAUGCUACCAACCGAACCUCUGCAUGUGCGAAGACGGACGAAGGGCUACCAGCUGCCUCGCCAAAUACGGAAGCGAAGGGGGCAAUUGCAGAGCUGUCUGUAUGAAUGGUGGAACUUGCAAAGAUGGAAAAUGCGAAUGUAACGCAGGAUACACCGGCGAAUUUUGCACUGAACCCAUCUGCACCAGAUCUUGUGAAAACGGAGGUCGCUGCGUCGGCCCUAAUAGAUGCGCUUGCAUUUACGGAUUCACUGGGAAUCAUUGCGAAAUCGACUUUAGAACUGGUCCUUGCUAUACAGGUUACAGAGGAAAUCUUUGUCUGAAUCAAUUGGAAGGAGUCGUAUGCACGAAAACCUUAUGUUGCGCCACCGUUGGUAAAGCUUGGGGACACCCAUGUCAGCACUGCCCUUCGAGAUUGGACUGCAACACUGGAUUCCUCAAGAAGCAAAAAACUGGAGAAUGCAUUGAUAUCAAUGAAUGCGACACUAUACCGCAUUUGUGUAGAGGUGGUAAAUGCGUGAACACGAUUGGUUCUUUCGAAUGCGAAUGUCCCGUAGGGCAAUCUAGAAAUGUUGAAACGAAUCAGUGCGACGAUAGGGAUGAAUGCUUGGAAGAAGGUAUCUGCGAAGAUGGAAGAUGUGUGAAUACCGUUGGUGGCUACUAUUGCUUAUGUAACCCAGGUUUCAUCCAAAGCCAAGAUAGAACUUAUUGCAUUGAUGGAAGGCAAGGAUAUUGCUACACGAUGCGCGAAAACAACCAAUGCCAUUACCAUUUACCGCACAAGCUAUCAAAAAAAGACUGUUGCUGUGGUGUUAAUAUGGGAAAAGGCUGGGGCGAUAAUUGCGAUAGGUGUCCAGAACAUGGAGAAGGUGAACACAGGUCUUUAUGCUUCGGCGGAAUGCACACGAUGCCAAAAGACUAUCAUAGUAGCGGCAAUAAAUCUUCAUUGGACAUAGGAUUACUAACAGUGAAUGAAUGCGUACUUCGACCGGGCAUAUGCGGAAAGGGCGAGUGCAUCGAUACCAGGGAAGGAUACCAGUGUAAUUGUUACCCUGGUUUCUACAUGGCAGAGUCGGGAAAAUGCGAAGAUAUUGAUGAAUGUCGUUCGGGAAAAUGUCAAAACGGAGUUUGUACCAACACUCCCGGCAGUUUCAAUUGCCUUUGCCCAUCCGGAUUCGACAUUUCUCCUGAUGGAUCUCUUUGCACUGAUCAUGACGAGUGCAGCGAAAUUGGAAUGUGCACCAAUGGUAUUUGUAUCAAUAUGGAUGGCAGCUUCAAAUGCCAGUGUAAGAGCGGGUAUAAACUAUCUCCAUCAGGACAUGCUUGCAUUGAUAUUGAUGAGUGUUACGAGAAUCCCAGGAUUUGUUUGAACGGUCGUUGCGAGAAUACUCCAGGAUCUUACAACUGCGUCUGCUUAACAGGGUUUGUAGUAUCAUCUGAUAGGACUUUCUGCAGCGAUUUGGAUGAGUGCGCGAAUACUGGGAUGUGCAUCCAUGGAAGGUGUGUCAACAUGGAGGGUUCUUUCAAGUGCGUCUGUGAUUCUGGAUAUAAAUUAGGUCCAGAUGGACAUCACUGCAUGGACAUCGAUGAAUGCAUUCAGGAUCCUUGCAAACAUGGAACGUGCUACAAUUCUCCUGGAAGUUUCCGUUGCGAAUGUCAUUCAGGUUUUAGUUUAGGCGCUGACGGCCGUUCUUGUCUAGAUACUAGAAGAGAUUUAUGCUAUCAACAGUAUAAAGACGGAGUUUGUUUGAAUCCAUCGAGCAUAGCAGUAACCAAAUCCAGUUGUUGUUGCUGCACAGUAGUCACUGGACAACCUAUGGGCUGGGGUACUUCAUGCCAAGCUUGUCCAACAUUUGGAACUUCAGAAUUUGAUUCCCUUUGCCCUCACGGACCUGGUCAAACCUUUGAUGGAAACGACAUUAACGAAUGCGCGCAAAAUCCCAACAUCUGCCUAAACGGCGCUUGCGAAAACAUGAUAGGCACGUAUCGCUGUAUCUGCAAUCCCGGAUAUAAAGUGGACGAUGGCGGAAAGUUCUGUACAGACAUCAACGAAUGUGAAGAAGAGGAACUGGUGUGCUCUGGAGGUCAAUGUCGUAAUACCCCUGGCAGUUUCCAAUGCAUUUGCCCAACAGGUACUCAAUUAAAUCCCAAUUCGUUCACAUGUGAUGACAUCGACGAGUGCAGAGAACUGGGACCGGAAGCCUGCUUCAAUGGGGAGUGUGUGAACACAGCAGGAUCUUAUAAAUGCGAAUGCGAUCCGGGGUCAAUCUUGGAUAAUACCGGAAGGAUUUGCAUUGAUAAUAGAAAAGGUUCAUGUUGGACACGUAUGAAUCACGGGAAAUGCGAAAAUAAUCUGCCUCUAUUAAGCCGUAGACAGGAAUGCUGUUGCUCUGUUGGUCUUGCAUGGGGAUCACCUUGCGAAAGGUGUAAUCGCAAUGAGUGCGAGUGUCCCAGAGGGUAUGCCAAAGUCGAUGGAAAAGCUUGCUCCGAUAUAAACGAAUGUGAAUUAAAUCCUGACAUUUGUCGAGGAGGUGGUACCUGUAUAAAUACAGAAGGAAGUUUUACCUGUACUUGUCCAUCUGGAUUAACUUUAGACAAUACAAGGACGCAAUGUUUGGAUAUAAGACAGGAAAAAUGCUACACACGUUACAAGCAUGGCAAAUGUACGCAUUUCGUAGACGGCAUCUUCAAUAAGAACCUGUGCUGCUGUUCGUCGAUUGGAAGGGCGUGGGGCGAGAAAUGCGAGCUGUGUCCGAGGCUAGGUACACCCGCAUUCACAGAAUUGUGCCCCAGAGGAUCAGGAUUUUUAGAGCGAAAAGACAUUAAUGAGUGCACCGAGUUUCCUGGGAUCUGUCAGAACGGACGCUGCAAGAACACCAUUGGUGGCUAUAGCUGCAGGUGCAACAAAGGCUAUGAUUUCGAUGAAAACAGGAUCAAAUGCAUAGAUAUCGACGAGUGUAGCAUUACCACUAAUAACGUUUGCGGAAAUGGCGUGUGCAAGAACACACCCGGAGACUUCGUGUGCGAGUGCAACGAAGGCUUCAGGACGAUGGCUCCUAUGCAGAUUUGUAUGGAUAUUAACGAGUGCGAGGAGAUUAUUGGCUUGUGCAGGGGUGGUAGAUGCAUCAAUACCGAAGGAUCUUACAAGUGCGAGUGUCCUCCUGGACAUGAAUUGUCUUCGGAUAAGCAGUACUGCAAGGACAUCGAUGAAUGCUCAAGGACAAGUGGGAUUUGCUCGAAUGGUGUUUGCGAGAAUAUGAUGGGUACAUAUCAGUGCGUUUGCGAUGAAGGCUACGAACAAAAUGGACAAAAGACCCAUUGCGAAGACUUUGAUGAAUGCGAAGAUGAACCAUGUGAUGACAUUUGCACGAAUACCUUAGGAAGUUAUUCAUGUUCUUGCGGAAAUGGUUAUGCAUUACAACUUGAUGGAAAAUCUUGUAAAGAUAUAGAUGAAUGCAAAGAGAACACGAGGAUAUGUAGCGGCGGUAAAUGCGUAAACACUGAAGGAGGAUACAUCUGUCACUGUACCGACGGGUUGAUACCUGGUGUUGGGGGCACUUCUUGCUUAGAUAUCGAUGAGUGUAAGCAGAAUCCAAAUAUAUGCGGGAACGGCGAUUGCGUGAACACUCUUGGAUCAUUCCAGUGCCGAUGUGAGGAUGGUUAUUCGGUAAAACCAGAUGCAGGAGCUUCUUGUUCAGAUGAUGACGAGUGUUAUUUGGGAAGCUACAAUUGCCAUGUUAACGCAGAUUGCAUCAAUAAUCCCGGAUCGUAUCAAUGCAGAUGUCAGGAUGGCUUCACGGGCAAUGGUGUCAGCUGCAGGGACAUAAACGAGUGCCUUACAAACAACGGAGGUUGCGACCAGAACGCGCAGUGCGUAAACUCUGAUGGUUCAUUCAAAUGUAUUUGCGAUGCUGGCUUUAAAGGAGACGGAUACAGUUGUAUCGACAUCGACGAAUGCUCCAACAAUCCAUCCUUGUGCGAGAAUGGACAAUGCUUGAAUACACCGGGAGCUUUCAGAUGCGAGUGUGAGAUGGGAUUUAUGCAUCCCAACGAGAAGAACGAUCAGGCUUGCAUCGACAUAAACGAGUGCAAAAUGUUUAACAAUCUGUGCGUUUUCGGUAAAUGCGAAAACACUUUCGGCAUGUUCCGAUGCGAAUGUAACGACGGCUAUAAAUUAGAUGGAUCCGGCGGAAAUUGCACGGAUAUUGAUGAAUGUGAAAGUCCACAAUCCUGUCUCUAUGGCAAAUGUACUAACACCGAUGGUUCAUUCGAUUGUCAGUGUCCAGCAAAUUAUGAUUUAGUUGACGAAGGCAAUGCUUGUAUUGAUAAGAGAGUAUCCAGGUGUUACUUAAACGCUGAUCAUAAUAGACAUUGCUCAAAUCCAACAGCCGAUUACAUAUCAAAGCCCACUUGUUGCUGUUCCGUGGGUAAAGCUUGGGGCCCGAAUUGCGAACUAUGUCCAUCCGAAAACAGUAAAGAGUACCAGGAGCUAUGUCCAGGCGGAAUGGGUUACACACCGAACAUAAUAACCGUGGUCCUUGAGGACAUAAAUGAAUGCGAGGAACACAACAAUAUAUGUAAGAACGGACACUGCACCAACACCUUUGGCAGCUUUAUGUGCUCUUGCAAUGAAGGAUUCAGACUGGACGAAACUGGAGCUGUUUGCGAUGAUAUUAACGAAUGCGAAGAACAUCCCGAUAUUUGUAGCAUCGGUAAAUGUGUAAACGAAUUAGGAAAAUAUUACUGUCAAUGUCCGGAAGGUUAUAUGUCUCUACCUGGAAAGAAACAAUGCGUUGAUAUGCGCAAGGAUUUUUGCUAUAUGAAUUACGAGCGGUGGACGUGUAGCUUACCGAUGUCGCAGAACCAAACGAAGAAGAUUUGCUGUUGCUCUAUGGGAGAAGGUUGGGGUUCACCUUGCGAACCAUGUCCUAUACCAGGCACCAAUGAAUUUAAUGGUUUGUGCGGAAAGUCAGUUCCCGGACAGAUUAUCAAUCCGAUGACGAAUCGAUCAGAAGAGAUCGACGAAUGUGAAAUGAUUCCGACUUUGUGCAAGAACGGCGAUUGCAUGAAUACACCUGGAAGUUUCGAAUGCAACUGCAAUAGAGGUUACACUUACGAUAUUAAUUCGCACUACUGCAUCGAUGAGAACGAAUGCCUGAGAGUUCCAAAUCCUUGCGAAGGCAAUGCCCAAUGUAUAAAUCUUCCGGGAAGUUUCGAAUGCAAAUGUCCCGAAGGAUACAAACACGGCACCAGUUUUAUGGAUUGCGUCGACGUUAACGAAUGUUCCGAUCGACAUAGAAUUUGCGCAAACGGCGAAUGCAAGAACUUGCAAGGAUCUUUCCAGUGCAUAUGCAAUCCCGGAUUCAUUCUGACAACCGCACGAGAUAAUUGCAUCGAUAUUGAUGAAUGUGCCAGACAUCCGAAUAUAUGUAAUGAUGGCACUUGCGUUAAUACUAUUGGUUCUUAUAAAUGUCAUUGCAACCCUGGUUUUAAAUUGAGUCCUAACAAUGAUUGCGUGGAUGAAGAUGAAUGUCACAUGAAACCUUACUUAUGUAGGAACGGAAGAUGUAGGAAUAAUAUUGGCUCAUUUGUGUGUGAUUGCGCUCAUGGAUACACACUUUCUGUAGAUGGAACUCACUGUAGAGAUAUUGAUGAGUGUCACGAGUCUGCUGGUACAUGUCCACCUCCUGGAAAAUGCCAAAACAUUAUGGGUUCCCACAUAUGCAAUUGUCCAGAUGGUUAUGAAAUAAGUUCAGUAACAAACAGGUGCGAAGAUAUCGAUGAAUGUAACAAUCCCGGUAUUUGCGAUAAUGGCAUAUGCGUUAAUACCGAAGGAGGUGCGUACUGCACUUGUCCAGAUGGAUUCAUAUUGAAUAGUCACCAGAUGAAAUGCAUCGAUGUUAGGAAGGAGCAAUGUUAUGAUCAUUUCUUCAGCCGUUUCUGUUCUGAACCUAGGGGUAUGAGCAUGACGGAGCGCGAAUGCUGCUGUUCGAGAGGUGCUGCUUGGGGUAGAAGCUGCGAAGAAUGUCCGAGCGAAGGAUCACCCGAGUAUCUUCGAUUGUGCCCAGAAGGACCUGGCAGGAUGGAUACGGGAAGCGAUAUUAACGAAUGCGAAUUAAUGCCGAACGUGUGCGAGGGUGGUGAUUGCAUCAAUACGGAUGGCUCCUUCCGAUGCGAUUGUCCUUCCGGAUACGUUCUCGAUAAUACCGGAAAGAAGUGCAUCGACGAUAAUGAAUGUAUUAUCGGUCAAAAUAUUUGCGGGAAUGGAACUUGCUCCAACGUCGUCGGAGGCUUUGAGUGCUCCUGCAAUGACGGGUUUGCACCUGGUCCUCUUCAGGUAUGCGAGGAUGUUAACGAAUGCCAUGAAAUUGGAAACCAAUGUGCGUUCAGGUGCCACAAUGUACCUGGUUCAUUCAGGUGCAUUUGCCCUUAUGGAUACGCCCUCGCCCCAGAUGGCAGACAUUGCCAAGAUGUGGAUGAAUGCAAUACUCCUGCCAACAAUUGCAAAUUCCAAUGCAAGAAUCUCAUCGGUUCCUUCAUGUGCAUAUGUCCCGAAGGAUAUACCCAAGUUGGAAUGACGGAUAACUGCGUGGACGUUAAUGAAUGCAGCAUGAAUCCAAGCUUAUGCUCAAACGGCAAUUGCAUCAAUACUCAAGGCUCGUACAGAUGCGAUUGCAUCGACGGCUUUGAAUCCAGUCAAGACCAGAAGUCUUGCGUCGAUAGGAGACAAGGGUUCUGCUUCAGGCAACUUAUACACGGUCGCUGCACGACCCACAACAGGGAAAUGAGACGGGUAACAAAGGCCGACUGUUGUUGCUCUAUGGGGGAGGCCUGGGGAUCCAAUUGCGAAAUCUGUCCAUCCAAAUACUCGCCACAGUACCAGGAAUUGUGCCUGGAAAGCGGUUUCACCGUUGAUGGACAAGAUGUAGAUGAAUGCGCAACAAUUCCGGAUUUGUGCAGGAACGGCAAGUGCAUUAACACCUUGGGCUCGUACAGAUGCAUCUGCGAUAAAGGUUUUAAACCAGAUGGGCUGGGAUUACAGUGCUACGACGUAAACGAAUGCGAGCUUAAUCCGGCCCCGUGCCAAUACAACUGCCAAAACACGGAGGGCAGCUACACGUGCUCAUGUCCACCGGGCUUCCUGCUAAAUCCCGACGGCUCGUCCUGCAGGGACCAGGACGAAUGCGCCUCAGGCCAACACUUAUGUCAACACAAUUGCAUCAACACGCAGGGAAGCUACACUUGUUCCUGUCAUAGCGGAUACACACAAGACGGCGACGAUUGCAUCGAUAUCAACGAAUGUCUGCAGGAGGGCGUCUGUCCUCGACCCGGAAAAUGCGUGAACAUCUUGGGCAGCUUCAAGUGCAUCUGUCCUCGUGGUUUCAAGCUCGACUCUACUGGAACAUACUGCGUGGAUGCCGACGAAUGCUUGGAUGACACCAAGUGCUCCGAAGGAUGCCAGAACUUGAUCGGCGGCUUCAAAUGCGGAUGCCCCGAGGGCUACUACUUGCAUCAUUACUACAACCAUUGCGUCGACAAGAACGAGUGUAACAACAGUCCCUGCGGAGCGACCGGAACUUGCUUCAAUACUCCAGGCAGCUACAGAUGCGGUUGCCCGGAUGGAUUCCAAUUCGACAGCAAAUUAAACAAUUGCAUACAGAUGAGCUCUUCUUGCAUGGGCGCCCCUUGCGCAUUCGGAUGCACCGCCCUCGGCCCGCAGAGCUUCUCAUGCGGAUGUCCUCAAGGAUAUCAGCGCAUCGGGCAAGGACAUUGUCUCGCUACAAUCACUCCUUACGGCCAGGACAUCGGCAACGUUCCUACCUACCCCAUAGGUGACCCAGUCGCCGACGAUAAAUUGAUUUCCACCGAAGGGUGCUUCUCGUGCAAGAUUAAUGGCAGACACAGGAGGGAGUCGCGCAGGAAUCGACAGGUUGCUAAUUCUACACUCUUCGACUUGGCUCCUCGAUCAUUGAGGACCAUGAGAAGGAGCGUGAGGAGGAACAAGAGGCACGGCCACGGACAGGAGAUCGACAUCACCAUCAAUCUUAGCCAGACCAAGCACAGAAUGAGAAUUGUGAAAGUACAACCCGCAGUCACGCGCGAAAUGGAUUAUAAGAUUGUCGAAGGAACCGACACGAAGAAGUUCGAGCUCCUGAAGAAGAACGGCGUUUGGGGGCUGCACUUCAGGCGCAGAUUGAAACAUCCCGGAAAGUUUGACAUCGUAAUUCACGGCCGACCCGCCGAUCUCCAAGCCAAGAGACACUUUGAGAACGAUCUAUACGAGAAGCCACUAACUUUGCGAGUCAGGUUGAACGUCGUCGAGUAACACAGCCCACCCCCAAUCUUAGUUAAAUUAUUUAAUUGAAACGAAACGAAACCAAGAAAUAAUGAAAAUAUUCUAUUUAUGUAUAUGUACCCUCCCAAUUUUUAAAGUGCCUUAUAAUUAAGCUACAAAAAUUAUAAAAAUCAAAAUACGCAAAAAAAUAUUCGGCUGUGAGAUUUUAAAACGCGCACAGCUUUCUAAUCCAACAGAUCUAUUUACUAAUUGUGAUUUAUAAAGAAAUCGACACACUGCCAUAAUUAUGUGUUUCAGAAGAAGAAAUAUUGCAAAUAUUUUUAUUAUAUUAUUAUAUCCGGUGUUCAUAAUUUACAGCCGCUUGUUAACUAUUUUUUU